CGCCGCAACCCUCUGGCCGUCAUUUCUCGCGGCACCCGGCGUCAGACGUCGUUGUCGUCGGUGACUCACGGAGGAAGUUUAACUGUCGCACAUCCUCGCUAUCACGUGAGAACGAAGGACCGUUUGUUCCGCGCGAAAGUUUCAUCCCCCCCCCCUCGGCGAAGAAGAAACGCAAGACGGGACACUUUCCUGUCUUUUAUUUAACAGUCGAAAAAGGUAUCCACUUUCGUCUCUCACCUGGAUCGCAGAAUCGCAUGAUCGCGCCGGCAGAAUCUGACAGCAACAGAUUCAAACAGGCAUCAUGAAGCCAAGAACGAGUUUAAUAACUACGCGAAUUAUUAUGUUCUACCUGUUGAGCGUCGUUGGAUCAACAACGGCAAUAGAAGACGCAUCUUCCUCGUCUUUACGUAUGUCACGAUUUCGACCGUUAUUGAACAACUUGGAAUAUGAGCAACCUGAGAAAAAGGCUUACAUCGCUGAAUAUAAGAGACUACCCGUUUAUAAUUUUGGCAUCGGAAAGCGAUGGGCUGACAAUAAUGAAGAUAAAAGAACCCGGGAAUUCUCGUUCGGUGUCGGCAAACGUCUCCGAGACUACAGGUUCGGUUUAGGAAAACGCAGCAUUGGAUACCAUCCCUUGAGUUUGGACUACUUCCCGACCGACAACAUGGAGGGGUAUCAAUCUCGCGAGGACAACUCGAAUGACUUUAUAGAGGACAAACGCGGUCAACACUACGACUUUGGAGUCGGAAAACGGUCAGUCUGGAAGUUGGCGACUGGAGAAACGGCUGGAAGAAGACUGAACGAUGUCACAGUCCCGAAAUAUUUGUUCGGGUUGGGCAACGCACUGGAUGAGAACGAGGAUUUGAUUCAGUAAACCGUUCUCGUCGAGGAGCACGAAUUAUUAUCUUCCUCAUUCGCUUUAACCCUUGGACGUUCAGAAAGAAAUAUCUGAUUUACAUAUUUCGGAAAAUAUUUUGACAAAAUGCAAUAACAGCGAACAGAGAAUUUAAAAAACUGUAUAAUUUAUUAAUUUUUCAA